AUGGCUCUUUCGCUGCGUGGCGACUUUUGGGGAGGUUCAGCCGACACGUCAACGGUCCUGUCGUUUCAGAUUUCUAGGGAUGUGAUGAAUGCGAGAGAGAUCUUUGCAGGGCAGCAGACAUAUUAUGUGGCCGUAGCACCCGGUGUCGACUUGGCGUUGAUGGCUGCCAUGUGUAUAUGCUUGGACGAGAUGAAGAACGAACGGUAG